GUCGCCGAGCUCGCUCCAAACAAUCUGUCACCUCUCCCGAAACAACUGCUGCGCUGCUGUUGUGCAAAGGUUUCUUUUGUUUCUUGAAUAAUUUUUCCAGGUCAGUCCAUUUACCGUGUCGGAAGCGAAAGAACCAGGAACCUGCGGUGAGUUGAUCGUGUCGCGAAUCGAAAGAACAGUAGUGAUACGCGGGUUUGGUACGGUAGAAUCGGUUUUUGUCAUUCAACAUUCUGUCGCGAUUUGGGGGAGUGAUUCGUGAUCCGAGCGGAGGAAGGUGUCGCCUCACUGCGCGAAAUCUUGGAAGAAAAUCUGGAUCAGCUUUGGCUGCCGUCGUGACGUGCAUCCUGAUGGAAGAGGGAAGCAAAUAAUGCCUGUGUGUGAAUACUAGUUUGCUGUGUGCGUCGUAUUAUUCAUUGCUGCUGACCGGAAUCUAGUAUAAGCAGCAGAAAAAAAAAAAAGGUGCCAGGAGAAAGGAAUAAAAAAUCACCAAUCAAUAACGGGCAAGAGUAAAGAAAAAGUAGUAGUACUCCGUUCGACGAAGCGCUCCCCCUUUUUUGUGUGUGAAGUGAAGUGAAGCAUUGAUGAGUAGUUACAAAUUAUUCUAUCAGUGAUUAUAAAUCUGUUUCUUGCGGAGGUUGAAAAUUGGUACCCUGUGUUCGUUUGGAAGCGCUCUGAAAAGGUGGUGAGGGGGGAGUGCUUGAUUUGGGGACCGAUUUCCCAAGGAUGGCGACCACCGGUGGACCUGGUGCUCCAGCCCGCAACGGUAUUAAGGACGCAAACGGACCCCGGGUGGUGACAAUCCACAAGACGGAAACCGGUUUCGGAUUCAAUGUCCGGGGCCAGGUCAGCGAGGGUGGCCAGUUGCGAUCGAUCAACGGGGAAUUGUACGCCCCGCUGCAGCAUGUCAGUGCCGUAUUGGACAACGGAGCGGCUGAGCUAGCCGGCAUCAAAAAGGGCGACCGGAUUCUGGAAGUGAAUCACGUCAAUGUGGAAGGUGCGACUCACAAGCAAGUAGUUGAUCUCAUCAAAUCAGGCGGAGAUACGUUGACACUAACGGUGAUAUCAGUGACUCAACAGGAAGCAGAGCGUCUCGAACCUACCGAUGAUCCUGGAGGAUAUUCCUACAUAGACUACUCGGAAAAACGCAGCCUACCGAUUAGCAUUCCCGACUACAAUAUCAUCCACCGGGGCAGUGAGCGCUUUGUGGUGUUCAACAUCCACAUGGCCGGGAGGCAGCUGUGCUCCCGACGGUACAGAGAAUUCUCCAAUCUACACCAAGUACUGAAAAAGGAGUUCACGGGCUUCAAUUUCCCCAAACUGCCCGGCAAGUGGCCAUUCCAGCUCAGCGAGCAGCAACUGGACGCACGGCGGCGCGGUUUGGAGCAAUAUCUGGAAAAGGUGUGUGCCGUGCGGGUCAUUGCCGAGAGCGAUGCGGUGCAGGAAUUUCUCACCGAUUCGGAGGACGAUAUCGCGGCCUCCCCGGUGGACAUCAAGAUUAUGCUACCGGACCACAACGUUGUGACCGUGUCGGUACGUAAAUCGGCCAACGCGCAGCUCGUCUGGGAACAAUUGGUACAACGAGCAAGUUUGACCUCGUACACGCAGCAAUAUUUCUACCUGUUUGAGAUUGUCGAGUACAACUUCGAGCGAAAGCUCCAACCGCACGAGAUACCCCAUCAGUUGUACGUUCAGAACUACAGUACGGCAUCGAGCACCUGCCUAUGUGUCCGCCGAUGGUUAUUUUCCAUCGAGCGGGAAAUGACACUGCCCACCGGGGAGCAAGCUGCCAAGUACAUCUUCUACCAGGCCGUGGACGAAGUGAACCGGGGUAACAUCCGGGCCGAAGGCCGUCUCUACGAGCUGAAAGCACUGCAGGACUCGAAGAAGGCCGACGAAUAUUUGUCCCUGGCGAGAACCCUGCCCGGCUACGGAGACAUCGUGUUCCCGCAUUGUGCUUGCGACAGCCGCAAGGAAGGCCACGUUGUGCCGGCUGUCGGUAUGAAGAGCUUCCGGCUGCACGCCUGCCGGGAGGAUGGUGCCCUCGAGGCACAAACCGUGGAAUUGCAAUGGAACACCAUUUCCCGCUGGGAAAGCGACGAGGAAUCGAUGGCAUUUUGCUUCCAAUACAGUAGAUCUGACAAACCGCCGCGAUGGGUGAAGGUCUUUACGCCAUAUCACGCGUUUUUGGCCGAUUGUUUCGAUAGGAUAAUGGAAGAACGAUCCUGGGAUGAUACCGGAGAGUAAUUUACUUGACAGGUAUUCGAUAGUAUAGCUCCAUUCGAGUAAGACAGAGGAGCAGCAUAGCAUAGCAAUUAGACAAAUUAUAUAUCUCCUAUUAUAAUUUAUUGGUAUUGAAAGGUCCUAUUGACAAAACAAGAACAUUGAUCUAGUGCAGGACGUCACAAAAUAGUGAAUAAAACUGGCGCCAUUUUCCGUUGCUCCAAUAUUGAUUUGAGUAUAUUCUAAGUUGGUGCAGUAAACAGUCGACGUAUUAUUGCCAAAACUUUUUCAGAAAAAGUAUAAUUUUCAAACAUCCGAAAGGUUUUGCUUAGUGUUACUAACAUUAACUAUUUUGUAAUAUUUGCGUCCUAACAAGCAAAGUAUAUGUGAUUUUAUCAAUCAAAAAGUAUGCAUAUUAGUUCGUUUUAGUUAAGAUACUUGUGAUUAUUAGUUCGUGUAAGAUAUUCGAAAUUUUAUUGACGUACGUUUGAAUCCCUAUGUGUAAUCAAAUGCCCACCCUUCUCUUGAGUUGAUGGUACUUAGUUUAGUUCCAAUUAUUCCUUCCAUCGACAUGUUCUGCCUAACACGCAGUUUAAUUGCAUUUUAAGAGAAAUCGAACAUCAUAACCCGGUUACAACAGUCUGCAUAAUUGAAUCGUUUGUCAAAGUAACAAUCACUCGAAAUUUUCGAAUCUGCAACACCACUGGUGUCGGAUGCGAUAAUCGUAUUCUGCAGCAAACCGUUCUCGAAUGCAUUUAUCCGAUACUUAGUUUAUUUCGAUUUUUGAAUAGUUUGUAACUCACGAUAAAUCUCAUGUUGAAUAUUGGUUGGAUUGUUAUUUCCACAUCAAAUGCGACUGGCAUGAAACCGAGUUAUAGAGUUCACAUUGUAAACUUUCCUCUUUGCUGCAAAAUUUGUCUACUUUAUCAUUCCACCAUUUGGAAGUAUUGAAAUUACAAUAAAAAUUAUCAGGCACCAGGCAUGCAAUAGUAUUUUAGAGCGCUUCACUCCAAAUUGCAUAACUCCCAGUUUAGAAACUACUGAAAAUGAAAACGACUAGCUUUAAUACUUCAUUGGUUCGAUAACUAUGAUUCAUAACCUGGUAGUUGUUUGAUCCUAUAUUGAUUUUUAAACAUAUAAAUAUUAUUCCCCUGUUUUCAAAUUCGAAUCGUUGUUGAAGAUUCCUUUUCUGGCAGGAUGCUUCUAUUGUUAAGUUAAAAAGAGGAACAACAUGAAUCAUAGUAUUUUAUCAUCACGAUUUCGAUUGAACAGAUUCCUAAAACAAACAGCAAGCCAUCGAUUAAUCCGUAACAUCUAGUCGCCUGCUGAUUCACCGCUAACGUUUUGCUACUAUUCUUUUUUCGACCUCUACGAAAACAAAACGAAAUUUGUACAUACCUGAUUGUUUCUCCUAUCCGAUAAUAGAGAUGUAGUUUCUAUAUGAGCACACCCACGCAUAUGUUGUCUCUAAAACACAGAUAUUGAGCCUCUAAAGAUAAGAAACAGAUUUCAAUUACAACACACAAAAGAAAGCACCUUGUUAUAACACUAUAUCAUCUCACUAUCAAAUGGUAAAGAAAAUUUAUAGAAAGAAAGCUCUAAAAAUAGUUUACAAAAGUCGUGUUAGUAGAUACAAGCAGUAAAACAAGCUAAAACAAAGGAAUGAUCUUUACAAACAUGUGAAAACAAGAGAUCAGUCAUAAAAAGGUUAAAAUUUAUCGAUAUGAAGUAGUUUUAACAGAGCUAAUACCAGAUCCAAUUAAAAAUCUGUAAGAAAUUGAUACUUUGCGGUAUAUUAUCAUAAAAUCGAAGUUAGAACCAUACAAGUGGAAGUUCUGAACAAACUAACUGAACAAGUAAUAUCGGGGGGGAACUGAAUGAAGAAGGCGCGUUAUUGUUAGACACACUGAAAAAGGGUAUAAAGAUCAUAUUCAAUCUAGCAAGAGAAACCAUCACUCAUUUAGGUAUUAUAUUGAAACGCAUACAGCAAAGUGAUUAUUAAUAAAAACAAAGUAGUAAAACAUAGCAUGGAAGAAUAAGAAUAA